UGUCGAUUUCAACAUUCGAGGAUGGCGCGCCGCGGAGUUCUCAUCGUCUUGGAAGGCACCGAUCGCUGUGGCAAGAGCACGCAAUGCAAGUUGCUCGUUGAGAAGCUGGCUUCGUUGGGGCAUGAGGCAAAGCUGAUGCGGUUCCCGGAGCGCUCCACAGUGAUUGGCGGCGUCAUCGACAAAUACCUGCGCAAGGAGAUUGAGCUGGACGAUCACGCAGCGCACUUGCUCUUCUCCGCAAACCGGUGGGAGCUGGUCUCGCAGAUGAAGCAGGCCCUGAAGAGCGGCGUGUCCCUGGUCAUUGACCGCUACGCUUUUUCCGGCGUUGCAUUCACCAGCGCAAAGGGGUUGGACAUGGAUUGGUGCAAGAGCCCCGACGCCAACCUGCCCUCGCCAGACUUGCACAUUCAUCUGGAGCUGGACCCGACAGAGGCCGCCAAGCGCGUCGGUUUUGGAUCAGAGCGAUAUGAAGUGACAGAGUUCCAGGCAAAGGUCAAGGCAAAGUAUGAGGACUUGUAUGCGAGCAUGACGCGACCGCCCCGGCGCAUCGACGUCGCCGGCCUGUCCAUCGAGGAUGUGCACGCGAAGGUCUUGGAGUUGGCGCUGGAACAGCUGCAGGAUGCAGCGCUCUCAAAGGUCGAUGACAUGGUCACUCUCUGGUGACCUGCGUGUAGUGUUCGUGGACGAGACAGUGUCGAUGCAGCUGUACGUUUGUUUGUUUGUGUGUGAGUUCGUGUUGUGUGUGUGUGUGUGUGUGUGUGUGUGUGUGCGUGUGUAGCCGUACGUCUGCGCGCGCGCGUGUGUGUUUAGCUGUACGUCUCUGUGUGUGUGUGUGCCCUGUUCAUGUGCGUUUUGUUUUGUUCUUGUCAGUUCUAUUCGACACUCAUGUCUAGUGUCAGCAUGUGUGGCUAGCUGUUGCCUUUUGGACACUGCGCCUUGCUGUCAACAAAAACACGCAAUGUGGCCUGUGUUCUGCACAUAAACAACACCAAACACCA